AUGUACGAGUGCGGCACGUGCGACGUUCCCUCGGGCCCUCCCUGGCACAAGGCGCAGAUGCCAGCGAGGGAGCCUGCCGUCGAGCCCGACCGAGUCCCAGCCGUGACCCUGGACGAGCGCGCGCUGGGCGGCGGAGCCUCGCUGUCGUGCCAGCGGCCCGUGCCGAGGGGAGGCGAGGUGCAGGUGGAGGCUGGUGUUACCGGCAGUCCGCGCUGGGCCGUGUGGGGUGGAGAUCGGGGCCUGCGGCCUCCGCGGGCUGAGGACGUUCAGGGAGCAAGUUUCCGAGGCUGGAAAGAAGUGACUUCUUUGUUUAAUAAAGACGACGAACAACACCUGCUGGAAAGAUGUAAAUCCCCCAAGUCCAAAGGAACUAACUUGCGGUUAAGAGAGGAGUUGAAGACAGAGAAGAAGUCUGGAUUUUGGGACAAUUUGGUUUUAAAACAGAAUAUUCAGUCUAAGAAACCAGAUGAGAUUGAAGGUUGGGAGCCUCCAGUGCUUGCUCCUGAAGAUGUGACGGCCGACACGGGUGAGGCGGCGAGUGGCCGUCCCCCUCGGCCAGGCUGGGAGGAGGACGCCAAGGGCCGUAGCAAGUACAGCAGCCUGGCAAGCUCAGGGAACAGCUCCCGCUGGAGCCUCCGGUCGGCCGGGAGGCUGGUCGGCAUCCGACGGCAGAGCAGGGGCCACCUGACCGACAACUGGGAAGAGCUGGAGUGACCAUCCGGCCCCGCUGCGGACGGGAGAGGCGCACAGAGCCGAGUGUUCCCAAACCACAACUGACGCGGCCCCUGCGUCUUCUCUCCCCGUGCCGGUCUGAGAGUUUGCGGUCUCACGCUGUGUUCGUUCCCACAUCCGCUGGUCCUUCCCACGUGGACGAGAGCAGAGCACCUUCUCUGCCCGCCCGCGUCCAGACGUUCCUGUCCGUGGACUGACGGAGGAGAGCCCCAGCCGGCGGCCGCCUCCUGGGAAACGUCUGCCCCUUCUGGUCGCAGUGCUGCCGGGUGCGGUCCUGUGGGCUGUGCCCUGUCCUCCCCUGCGUGCCCUGUUCCCCCCCCCCCCCCGUGACCCCCGUGUCCUGCAUGUGGUGUCCAUGUGUGUCCAUGACAUUCGACUGUAGAGGCGGGGCUGGGCCCUCUUUUCUUCCCAGAAGCCCGUGAUCCAGCUGUGA